GGCAGGGCUGACACGAAGCAUCGUGAAGUCUCAGAGGGUAGUGUGAAGACUCUGGAAGAGCUGACUUCGAGCUACGUCAAGUUCCCUACGAGACGUUCCAGCCGUAUAAGUCAUUGUUUAGGCGAGGGCUUUGUCUCCCACGUAGACAAUAGACUGCCCAUCGAUCGCGCAAACCAAGGAAGCCCAAAUUACCGAUCCGUCGUCUCACCUCGGAUGCUGAUUCUGGGAACCAAAUGUCCACGUCUGACCGUAUACCUUUGUUCCCAUGGGUGCCCGCCUACGCUAAGGGUUCAGAGCCUGGUACGUGUCCAAGCCAGACAAUCCUUCAUCAGUUCUUAACUCCAGCAGUCACAGAGCUUCAAAACAUUACAAGGGACGAGCGAAUACUGCUUCCUGAAGGUCAUACCUCUGAUUCUCAAAUCCACGUGCCGAUCCCUUCAGACCUUGCGCAUGUCGCUGGCCUGAAUCUCGACUCAACAACAGAACAGAAUGUUUAAGAAAUGGCCCAUUUGACCU